UUGGGGGUGGCCAGGGCGGCGGAGGCCGAGCCGGGAGCGGGUCCAAGGUCUUCUAUGGGGCCCCGGCCCGGAACUGCCUGCCGAGGAGCUGGCUGUUCCUGCAAGAGGCCCGAGGAGGAGGGAAUGACCGCCGGGCUCCUCACUGCCAGGGACCCGGGAGGUGGUUCAGCCACAUGGCCGGAGCAAGUGACUUUUGAGGACGUGGUCGUGGAGUUCACCUGGGAGGAGUGGGGGCAGCUGGAGCCGGCCCAGAGGACCCUGUACCGAGAUGUGAUGCUGGAGACCUUUGGGCUCCUUGCCUCUGUGGGACACUGGCUCCCAAAGCCGGACGUCAUCUCCCUGCUGGAGCACGAGGUGGAGCUGUGGGUGGUGGACAAGGGAGCCCCCCGAGGUGUGUGCACAGACUUUGAAACUAGACAAACCAAACUAUCAACUGUGAAGCAAGACAUAACUGAAGAAAUACCCAAUAAUGCCCUGGUAGAAAGUUUCUUGUGGGAAAGUCUGUGGAACUCCAAGGGUGAAAAUGCUGAGGGCCACUGGGAACAGGGUCGCAAGAGGCCAGACAGCCAUGUGGUGCAGACUGCCUUCAUGCCUGUGAAGACACCCACUCAGGAGCAGCAGCAGGGGAAUGGGUUUGGGGAAAACUUGAGUCUGAGGCCUGAUCUCCCAACUCAACCAAUGACUCCUAAAAGGCAAGGCCCCCCCAUGUGGGGAACACAUGGAAAGAGGGAGAAUCCGGACUCAGAUACUCAACAGAAAACCUGUGCAAAAGAGAAGCCCUACAGAUGUCAGGAAUGUGGAAAGGCCUUUAGUCACAGCUCAGCACUCAUCGAACACCACCGAACACACACGGGAGAGAGACCUUACAAAUGUCACGAAUGUGGAAAAGGCUUCCGAAACAGCUCAGCACUUACCAAACACCAGAGAAUCCACACUGGUGAGAAGCCUUAUAAGUGCACUCAGUGCGGGAGGACCUUCAACCAAAUUGCCCCACUGAUCCAGCACCAGAGAACUCAUACAGGUGAGAAGCCCUACGAGUGCAGUGAAUGUGGAAAAUCCUUCAGUUUUAGGUCCUCCUUCAGCCAACAUGAGCGGACGCACACAGGUGAGAAGCCCUACACGUGCAGUCAGUGCGGGAAGGCCUUCCGGCAGAGCAUCCACCUCACCCAGCACCUGCGAAUCCACACUGGGGAGAAGCCCUACCAGUGUGGAGAAUGCGGCAAGGCCUUCAGCCACAGCUCGUCCCUGACCAAACACCAGCGGAUCCACACGGGGGAGAAGCCCUACGAGUGCCAGGCAUGUGGAAAAGCCUUCACCCAGAUCACACCACUGAUUCAGCAUCAGAGGACACACACAGGCGAGCGGCCCUACGAGUGCAGCGAGUGCGGGAAGGCCUUCAGCCAGAGCACGCUCCUGACCGAGCAUCGGAGGAUCCACACAGGAGAGAAGCCCUACGGGUGCAACGAGUGUGGGAAAACCUUCAGUCACAGCUCGUCGCUUAGCCAGCAUGAGCGGACGCACACGGGUGAGAAGCCCUACUCGUGCAGUCAGUGCGGGAAGGCCUUCCGGCAGAGCACACACCUCACUCAGCACCAGAGAAUCCACACCGGGGAGAAGCCCUAUGAGUGUAGCGAGUGCGGGAAGGCCUUCAGCCACAGCUCGUCCCUGACCAAACACCAGCGGAUCCACACGGGGGAGAAGCCCUACGAGUGUAACGAGUGUGGCAGAGCCUUCAGCCAGCUUGCUCCACUCAUUCAACACCAGAGGAUCCACACGGGAGAGAAGCCCUACGAGUGUAACGAGUGUGGCAGGGCCUUCAGCCAGAGCUCCCUCCUCAUAGAACACCAGAGGAUUCACACCAAGGAGAAACCCUAUGGGUGCAAUGAAUGUGGAAAAUCCUUCAGCCACAGCUCAUCGCUCAGCCAGCACGAGAGGACACACACUGGGGAAAAGCCCUACGAGUGCCAGGAUUGCGGAAAAUCCUUCAGGCAGAGCACCCACCUCACUCAGCACCGGAGGAUCCACACAGGAGAGAAGCCAUAUGAGUGCAGGGACUGUGGGAAAGCCUUCACACACAGCUCCUCCCUUACCAAGCACCAGAGAACUCAUGCUGGGUAGACCCACUCCACAUGUUCAGGGACCCAGCAAAGCCUUAAGCCAUAGCGCAUCACUUACUAGAUUUGACCCAGUCAUACUCCUGAGAAACAACACAAACAUUAUACACAAGACUUCAUGC